AUGGUGGAUCAAGGCUAUCACCGUUGGAGGGUGUUACAAUGCCCUUUACCUUACACAGUGGAUCCUGAUAGACGACAGUGGUCUCGAGCAUUGGAAUCAUGUCGGAAGGAUGUGGAAUGCUUCUUUGGAAGAUUGAAGUCGCGCUUCCGGUGUGUGAAAAUACCGUGCAACUUUUGGUACAAGGAUGAAGUGGACAACAUGUUCAUAACUUGUUGUAUUCUUCAGAACAUCAUCCUUGCGCAUGAUGCACAGACGACGGAUGGUGCAGACGCCGCCGAUGUUCAGGUUGAUGAAAACACGGAGGAUGAGGAAUAUGAGGGUAUGGAUAACCGUGAGUCCUUUCCUCGACAACCUAUUGUAUCAUCGUCUUCCCAUCAUCGACUUCCUCUUGAGAAUGACCAAGAUUUGACUACGAGUAUACAAAGUGGCUGGAUGGAAUUGCAAAGCGCAUUGAUUCUUCAUUAUAAAGAAGCACUUGCUAUCGGCGCUGUGGAAUACUGA